GCUCAGCUAAACCUCAUUUCCGGGCGCGACGCACUUAGAGCGUUUUAGGUUUUUUCCCUCCGUGAAGCUUUCGGGCCGAGAGGAUCGCUCCGCUCCGCACAGGGAAGGGCUCGGUUCGCCUACAGCGCAGCCAUGACUGAGGCAGAAGUGAACCCCAAAGCUUACCCACUGGCUGAUGCACAACUCACCAAAACUCUGCUGGACCUUGUACAGCAGUCCUGCAACUACAAACAGCUACGCAAGGGUGCCAAUGAAGCCACUAAAACACUGAACAGAGGAAUAGCAGAAUUCAUUGUGAUGGCUGCAGAUGCUGAGCCCCUGGAGAUCAUCCUGCACCUCCCUCUCUUGUGCGAGGACAAGAAUGUGCCCUAUGUCUUUGUGCGCUCCAAGCAGGCCCUGGGCCGGGCAUGUGGUGUCUCCCGGCCUGUCAUUGCCUGCUCAAUUACCAUCAAGGAAGGGUCACAACUGAAGCCUCAGAUUCAAUCGGUCCAGCAAGCUAUAGAGAGACUGUUGGUCUAAAUCUGCCUAAAACCCAAUAGCUGAAAUCCAUAAUUUAAAAAAUAAUAAAUCAAGAGUUGGGGAGGGAAUUAAUGAUAGUUAAACUAGACAAUACAAUAGUUUGAUACCAAACCCUUGUUUCAAAAUGCCAGGUGUUUGUUUUACAGUGGCUUGCUCCUAUUAUAUAUUUCAACUCUCCACUGUGGGUCAAUCUAGAUUUUCUCCCUCUCUCCCUUGCCGGCCUUUCAGAAGACAUUCUUGCAGUACUAGUUCUCAAAACUCUGUUGCUCAACAGAGUGAGUAGCAGCUCCUCCUGUGUGAUAGGCAAAAAUAACAUAUUGCCCCAUUUUAGGGCAUGAUUAACCUAUACUCUUUUUUUUUUUUUUUCUCCCCCAAUAAUGGAUUAGCUUCCUUCGUUUUGCAGCAAAUUCUUCUAUGAUAAGUUUGAUCUGUAACAGACAUGAAUAAUUUAAUGUAUGUGUUCUAGACGGUUUGAUCCAAUGAGGAAAAUUAAGGUGGAUCUGCAGUGUAAUGGUGUAUAUUCAACAAUUGCUGCUUUAAGGGAGAGGCAAGUAAUAGAGGAGGGGGGGAAAUAAAGACAGUGGCAGCUAUGUAGUGUAGGAUACAGGCCAAGUUCAGUUUCACCAUAUCUGCUGACUUGGUCAAGAGGCCACUGUAUGAGAGGUGUAGAGGGAGGAGAAAUCCUACUACAGUGCUAUGGGUGAUAGUUCUAACCUUGCUUGGUGUGUUUUUUUUUUUUUUUUUAAACUGGUAUUUUUUUAAAUAAAUCCAUAUAUUCCCAGA